AUGCACGGCAGCUCCAUCCGCUUCGCAACACCACCGCGUUGCCACAACGCUUCUCUUUCUGCCGAAGCUGAGCUUACUGUUCUCACUGCAGGUGUCUCCUUAGCACACGAGCAGAUGUGCACUUGUAAGGUGGGGGGCACCGUGGUCAACCGUACGCCAGCGGACGGCGCUCUGCGAUGCAAGUCGAAUAGCUCCCUUAACACUGUCGCUGCUUUGUCUGCCGAUGUGUCGCCGCGGCAGCGUCGAUGCCGCGCCAACUUCACCUCGAGCAUUCUUGCGGAGUGCGACUCGCCGUGUGGCUCACCUCGCGUGCACCUUACUCGGCCCUUUUCUAGCCGGAGCUCGUUCGUGAAGCCGGUGCUCUGUGGUAGUUUACCGAGCACCGGAGCGCCGUCGCUCAAGGCUGCCGACGGUGCCCUGGCAAACCGCAGCUCGAGCGGAUUCCAUGGGGUAUCGCCAUCUCUCUCAGCUACCGCAAGCGAGGCGGAGGAAGAUGUCACUGUGACGAGUGCAGAAUCAGUCUUUGUGACUGCCUCUGUGGAGCCGCUGGCGACGCCGGGCAGCAUCGCCUUUACCGGCAACGAUGCGAGGCCGUCGAGCUCGCCGUCCUUUACGUAUUUCCCCAGCAACGGCGGAGGCGCUUCUCAGGAAGGCUCGUCGUCGACUAGCGAUAAGGCAAACGCAGUCGGAAGCGUUCCUGUCUUCCGGCUCAGCAGCGUCCCUGGCAUCCGUGAUGCAUGCGGGGCUAUCGUGAACAACAACAAUUCUACCGAACAUAAGUUCUUCGAGCCUUUGCAGUUGGAUGCUGCUAGCCACCUCUUCUCCCCACUGCAGCGACUCUCCAGCGUUCACAGCUCGCAGCGCGGCAGCUGUUUCUCGACUCUUGAGCCACGCGCAUUUGACUGCGGUCGUGCACCUGUCGAUCACAAGGACGGUACGCUCGCAUGCCCCUUGGCAAAUGUCCACCAGAGCAAACUGUGCGAGAUCGUUAAGCAGCAGCUGCUCCUGCACGCCUGCCUUGUGUCGAUCGCACGGGAGAGGGAUGAAGGGGGUGAUUUGCAGCGGCGCGGUAACUCCACUUUAGAGAAAGCACAGUUGCAGCAGCAACGCCGCCGCUGCAGUCGUCUGCUGUCCAUUAUUUGGCUGCUCUUUAGUGUGUUUCUCCGCCUUCCGCUCCACAUUCUGAAGCGAGCGCUAACUGCUUCGGCUGGCGAAUUGCGGAAACUCUUGCUGUUGACACAAGAGUCCUAA